AUGACAGUCACACAUACUGAGAACGCUUUGGAAGCCAUACAGGGUCAAACUUUUGUGAUACCCAGCUUUCUGGCUCUCUUUGGUGAGAUGUCAUCUCCACUUCAUGGCGGCUACGCUUGUCUUCGCCGGUCGAUAGAUGAGCUCAUUCCACGAUUCUUUCCCAACGAAAAGAGCGGAAAGCAAGCUCAAAAGAUUCAAAGGUCCGACUUUGCGUUACUUGGUUGUCUUUGGUGGCCGAACGUUGAUCUGGAUGCUCUACGAUUGUUGACUCACCUUGCACUAUGGUACUUAGUGUGGGAUGAUGAGAUGGAGUCAAAGUAUUUGGGUGUUGAAGGCGAUCUUACCGCGGCCGACAAGUUUCGUUCUCAGACGAGGACGGUGAUUGCUAUGAGCCUAGGCCUCGCCGAUGAAGAUAGAGCGAUCAUAGAAGGCGCUCCACAUUUGAUCCAGCAAUUUUAUCCGCUUGGCGGAAGGAUAAGAUCGCAGAUCAGUCAAGGGAAUCUUGUCCUUCUCCUAGAGAUGGUCGAUAACAUUCUCGACGACUCUAAGAAGGAGCAGCACUUCGUUGUGACGAGGAAUAUACCCUCUAUCGAACAGUACUGGGACUAUCGCACAGGAACGAAUUUGAUGGAGGCUUUGUACCCUGUCACGUCACUGGCCAUCAGUUACGAGUUGACCGUAGAGGAAAUGAGAAAUCCACUGUUGCGUGAGUACUGGGAGCAAAUAAACAAGACAAUUGCCUUAAUCAAUGACAUUUUGUCGUUCAAGAAAGAAAUUGUGCGUCAAUCCGACCAUAUUGCCAUUAGUGUGCUCACUUCUCAGGAACAGGAAAAAAAAGAGACUCUGAAUCUCGUCUUUCUGAAAUACUUGGAGCUGGGAUGCCUACAGAGUGCCAUUGACUCCACAGUUGGGAUGCUCAUCAAUUCAGUAGGGGAGAUGCGACGCCUCAAAUCCAAAGUCCUCUUGGGCACUGAGCCGCACGUACAUCGACUCAUAGAAACAUGGGACCUGUAUGCCGUAGGGUUUCUUCACUGGAGUCUUAUUACCAUCCGCUACGGCCUGGACACAUUUCUACAAGAAGACGGCACAUUUAUUGUCUCUUUGAGCGAAACCUUUGACUAA